CUGAAGCGUGAGCCAUCCAUCCCAGUGAAGCUCCCUGAGCAUGCAGUAUCAGAAGACAUGCUGCACCAGGCUUUUUUGGAAAUCUUGUUUCAAGAGGAAGACCUAAACGCACAGGACAUAAGCACAGACGUGGUCCUCUGCUGCAGCUACUGGAAGGAUAUCUACAAAUAUCUGAGAGAGUUUGAGGAAAAUCAACCAAUCAGACCCAGAUACCUGGGCAUCCAGUCUAUCAACGGGAACAUGCGUGCCAUAUUAGUUAACUGGCUUGUGCAAGUACAGGUGAAACUCAGGCUCCAUCAAGAGACCUUGUACAUGACAGUUUCUCUCAUGGAUCGCUUCCUGCAGUCCAACGCCGUUUCCAAGAACACAUUAAAGCUGGUUGGUGUCACAGCGAUGUUCAUUGCCUGCAAAUAUGAAGAGGUGCUAUCCUUGAACACUACAGACCUUGUCCAGAUAACGAAUAACACUUACACAAAGGUCCAAAUCUGCCAGAUGGAGACUAAGAUCCUGCGAGCUUUGGACUUUGUUCUGGGUCACCCUCUCCCCCCGCACUUCCUAAGGAGGGCUGUGAACAUUGCAGAGGUGAACUUUGAAAAGUAUGUCCUGGCCAUGUACCUGAUGGAAUUGUCCAUAGUGGACUAUGACCUGGCUCACUUUCCUCCAUCUAAGACUGCAGCGGCUGCUUCCUGUUUGGCUCUGAAACUCAAUGGAUAUCAGUGGACUGAAACUAUGCAAUACUGCAUGUAUUAUGCUGAAAGCGACCUUCUCCCGAUUAUGCAGCACAUGGCAAAGAACGUAAUUCUUGUGAACAGGGGCAUGACCAAACUCAGUGCGGUCAGAAACAAAUAUGCCAGCAGAAGAAAUGGCAGAAUAAGCACCAUUGAACAACUGGAUUCUAACAUCAUCUGGGAUCUUGCCAAGCCUCUGUUGAAAAACAUCUCUUUCUGA